AAAAAAAAAAAAAAAAUUGGCCAACCCCGGAAAUACCCCCACCCGCCCGCCAAACCUGCCGACACACGACUCCAAAGCUCAGCUCCGGUCCUCGGCCCAUACAAAACUUCUGCAACCGUCAACCACAUCAAUUGCGCCCACCAUGUCUAUCCGAACCCUCAGAAUCGGUCUCAUUCCCGGCGACGGUAUCGGCAAGGAGGUCAUCCCCGCUGGCCGCCGCAUCCUCGAGGCCCUCCCCGCUUCGUUCAACCUCAAGUUCGACUUCGUCGACCUCAAGGCCGGCUUCGAGACCUUUGAGCAGACCGGCGCCGCCCUGCCCGACAAGACCGUCGAGGUGCUCAAGAAUGAGUGCGAUGGUGCCCUCUUCGGCGCCGUCAGCUCGCCCACCCAGGCCGUCAAGGGCUACUCGUCGCCCAUCGUUGCCCUCCGCAAGAAGCUCGACCUCUACGCCAACGUGCGCCCCGUCAAGUCCGUCAUGACCGCCGCCAAGCCCAUCGACAUGGUCAUUGUCCGUGAGAACACCGAGGACCUCUACGUCAAGGAGGAGACCACCCGCGACACUCCCGAGGGCAAGGUUGCCGAGGCCAUCAAGCGCAUCUCCGAGAAGGCCUCGUUCCGCAUCGCCGCCAUGGCUGGCGACAUCGCCCUGCGCCGCCAGAAGAUCCGCGAAGCCGGCUCCGCUAGCAUCCACCAGUCCCCCCUCGUCACCAUCACCCACAAGUCCAACGUCCUGUCCCAGACCGACGGCCUAUUCCGCGCCACCUCCAAGCGUGCCCUCGCCGACCCCAAAUACGCCUCCAUCAACAUUGAGGAGCAGAUUGUCGACUCCAUGGUCUACAAGCUCUUCCGUCAGCCCGAGGACUACGACGUCAUCGUCGCCCCCAACCUGUACGGUGACAUCCUCUCUGACGGCGCCGCUGCCCUCGUCGGCAGCCUGGGUCUCGUCCCCAGCGCCAACGUUGGCGAAGGCUUUGCCAUCGGUGAGCCCUGCCACGGCAGCGCCCCCGACAUCCAGGGCCAGAACAUUGCCAACCCCAUCGCCACUCUCCGAAGCACCGCCCUGAUGCUCGAGUUCCUCAACGAGGAGGCCGCCGCUGCCAAGAUGUACGCCGCUAUCGAUGCUAACCUCGAGGAGGGCAAGCUGCUGAGCCCCGAUCUGGGCGGCACUGCCACUACCGAGCAGGUUGUCGAGGACAUUCUCCGAAGACUGUAAAUUGUCUCUGGAGUAAUUGGACUCAUGGUCUGUAGCAAGUAAAAAGGAAAAUUGGAUAGGUUAUCAAAAAUCGGGGAAUUGAUUCUAGAGGAGAUUGUAUAAUUUAUACAUGUCGGAUU